AUUAAAGGAGCCAGUUCCUAAUGCAGACGAGCAGUUCUCAAUGUGUAUGUUGGCUGGUCUCCAAAAAAUUUUGAACAAUCCAAAAUGAAAAGUUUUUCGAUAAUUUACUGUUCACUCCUAAUGUUGUUGUAUGAUGUUGGAGCAUCAUGCCCAAACAUAAUCAGUCGACAGAAUUGGGGUGCAACACCGCCGAAAAGCCAGAAAAAUUUGCGUACGAAUCCACCUCCUUUUGUGGUAAUCCACCACUCGGAAACUCCAGCAUGUCAGUCGUUGCAGGCAUGUAAACAAAGAAUAAGGAAUAUUCAGUAUGAUCAUAUGACGAACAGAGGUUGGGCGGACAUAGGGUACAACUUUUUAAUUGGUGGUGAUGGAAAUAUUUAUGAAGGUAGAGGAUGGGGAAUACAUGGCUCACAUGUUCCAAAGUAUAAUUCAAAGAGCAUAGGGAUUUGUUUGAUUGGCGACUUUCAAAGAAUAAGUCCUCCAAAUUCCCAGUUGAAUUUGCUCAAGCAACUCAUUGAAUGUGGGAAAGAUAAUGGUAAAAUUGUCUCAGGGUAUCACCUGAUCGGCCAUAGACAAGGAAAGCCUACCAAUUGUCCUGGUGAUGCCUUGUACGAAGAAGUGAAAAAAAUGACUAACUGGGACCCAAAUCCCAACUGAGAUAAUAGUUGAUUAUUUCGAGUACAUAUAUAUUACAGAAAAACAUAUUUUGACCGCAAUCAUGUAUAUUAAUUAUAAAUACAAUUGUUUCAAAUUGUGUCAACAACAACACGUAAGGAUUAAAUCACUCAUUGAGUUAUCUACAAUUCAAGUGAAAUGUUUUGGUAGGUCUAGCGGCACUUUUGCCGCUAGCUACUUAUCAAUUUUUGUAUCAUUCGACUUUUAAUAUCACUUUUAGAACAGUCGUCAGACACAUUAACUGUUGAAUAUUAACAUAUGUGUCUCAUUUAUAUUGAAAAUACAGUAUAUCAUUUCUAAA